CGAGUCCCCCACGCCCACGCCAGACAUAUUGUACCUCCGCACGCAACGCUACCGACAGAGACGGAGGACUCGAGUUGAGUACGGAAGCCAUGGAAAGGGGACAGCCAGAGCAAUCCCCAAUGGACGCCGCCCAGCGACGGCUCCGCGCGGUCUCCGCCCACCUCCAGCCGCCGGCGCCCACCGGAGGCUGCGGCCUCGCUGCCAAUCCCACCGCCGGGGAGUACGCUCAUGUGCAGGGCUACAGUGUUGUUCUCCCAGAGAAGUUGCAAACUGGAAAGUGGGAUGUGUACCGAUCUGCACGAUCACCUCUAAGGUUAAUAAACAGAUUUCCUGGUAACCCAGACAUCGGAACGCUGCAUGAUAAUUUUGUGCACAAUGUUCUAUGGUGUUCCAAAUUGCACAGGUAUGCAGUUGAGACUUUUAGAGAUUGUAGAUACCUGGGUACAAGAAUCUGCACAGAUGGAACAGUUGGAGAGUACAAAUGGAUGACAUAUGGAGAAGCUAGUACGAGCAGGACUGCAAUAGGUUCUGGUCUUAUUUAUCAUGGAAUACUUGAAGGUGCACGCAUUGGUCUGUAUUUUAUAAACAGACCUGAAUGGAUCAUAGUGGACCAUGCUUGUGCUGCAUAUUCAUAUGUAUCUGUGCCACUUUAUGACACUCUUGGUCCAGAUGCAGUUCAAUUCAUUGUGAACCAUGCAACAGUAGAAGUUAUAUUCUGUGUGCCUCAAACACUAAGCACUCUGUUAAGUUUCAUAGCCCAAAUGCCAUGUGUUCGGCUUAUAGUGGUAGUUGGUGGAGAUGAUGCAAAGAUGCCAUCUGCACCCACAACUACUGGAGUGCAAAUUAUAUCUUACACCAAGCUGCACAAUCAGGGAAAGGUGAGUCCUCAACCUUUUCGAUCUCCAAAACCUGAAGAUGUUGCAACUAUCUGCUACACCAGUGGCACUACUGGCACUCCCAAGGGAGCUGUUCUUUCUCAUGAGAACUUAAUCGCAAAUGUAGCAGGAUCAAGCCUUGGAAUUAAAUUUUACCCCACUGAUGUGUAUAUCUCAUAUCUACCUUUGGCUCACAUCUACGAGAGAUCUAACCAGAUUGCAUUGCUUCACUGUGGUGUUGCCAUUGGAUUCUACCAAGGGGAUAAUUUGAAGCUGAUGGAUGAUCUGGCUGCUUUGAGACCAACAGUAUUCGCAAGUGUUCCCCGGUUAUAUAACAGAAUUUAUGCCGCAAUUACAAAUGCUGUUAAGGAGUCUGGUGGGCUGAAAGAAAGAUUGUUCCGUACUGCAUACAGUGCCAAGAGGCAAGCAAUUAUUAAUGGGCAAAAUCCAUCCCCAAUGUGGGACAAGUUGGUAUUCAACAAAAUAAAAGCUAGGCUUGGUGGACGAGUGAGACUCAUGAGUUCAGGUGCUUCUCCAUUGUCAGCAGAUGUCAUGGAAUUCUUGAGAAUAUGUUUUGGCGGCGAAAUUCUUGAAGGCUAUGGAAUGACAGAGACAUCUUGUGUCAUCUCUACAAUGGAUAUUGGUGAUAAGUUAAUUGGUCAUGUCGGAUCCCCAAAUCCUUCUUGCGAGGUUAAACUUGUGGAUGUCCCAGAAAUGAAUUAUACUUCUGAGGAUAAACCAUAUCCUCGUGGAGAAAUUUGUGUCAGGGGACCUACAAUUUUCCAUGGUUAUUAUAAAGAUGAAAUCCAAACAAGAGAGGUCAUUGAUCAAGAUGGCUGGUUGCACACUGGAGACAUAGGUUUGUGGCUGCCUGGAGGGCGUCUAAAAAUUAUAGAUAGGAAAAAGAACAUUUUCAAGUUAGCUCAAGGAGAAUACAUAGCUCCAGAAAAGAUUGAAAAUGUCUAUGCUAAGUGCAAGUUCAUUGCCCAAUGUUUUAUAUAUGGUGAUAGUUUAAACUCUGCCCUAGUAGCCAUUGUUGCAGUUGAACCAGAGCUGCUGAAGGCUUGGGCUGCAUCUGAAGGAAUCCAGUACGAGGAUUUAAGACAGCUCUGUGCUGAUCCUAGAGCAAGAGCAGCUGUCCUGGCUGACAUGGAUUCUAUCGGAAAGGAAGCACAGCUAAGAGGUUUUGAAUUUGCUAAAGCUGUUACUCUUGCUGCCGAGCCUUUCACAUUGGAAAAUGGUCUCCUCACCCCAACAUUCAAGGUUAAAAGACCGCAAGCUAAGGCAUACUUUGCAAAAGAAAUCUCAGAUAUGUAUGCACAGCUGCGAGAGACAGAGUCAGCGAGGCAGAAGUUGUAAUCACUCGAGUAAUGAUCAGAGAAAAGGUUCGAUCAAUACAGCCAUACAGGAGACUGGAUUCCGCAAUUGUUUAUUCCACGUGAUGAAAUAAGUCAAUCUUUUUACGGACACGGUGAACAAUGGUUCCUGCCAUGAUCAGGAAUAAAAACUUUCACUGAUUCGGAGGCAGUGCAUGGUGCAGUUUUUUUUUUUUUUUUUUUUUUUUUUUUGCAUAGUUCUUGGUAUUUAUAAGGAAAAACUGAACGACUUCAAUAAAUGUACAACUAUUUUAGUACAAUUCAUGAUCCAAUGACUGAAAUUACGUGGAUGGAAGCUUAUAAAUGUAUCGGAUGGCAUAAAUGCAUACUCGUACUCAAAUAGUACAUGUUGAAUAUUUAUUUUUCCUUUUUUUAA